CCGGCUGAACCUCUUCGGCGGGCUCCCGGGACUGAGCGAGGGGACUCGGUAGGGGAGACUUGGGCGCUUGCGGCUAACGUUUCGGGCUCCGAGAGCCAGCUCCACCUCCCCAGUCCUUCCAAGUGAGCUCGGUCUGUCCGCUUUCAAAGCACCCCUUACCAGGAUAAGACACCUGGGCCGGGGGCAGCGCCCCAGCCCACUUCCUUCCCUCCCCACUCAGUGCCUUCCCCAUUUUAUCCCUGAGCCUGGCCUUCCCGGGCUUCCAGCCAGCCCCUCACACUCAAAGCGGAUGCGGGAUUGGAGGAGGAGUUUGGCCAGGAAUGGGAUUCAACAAACUCCUUGGGGACCUUGAUUCCCAGGAAGAAUGGCAGUGACCCAGCACGGAUUGGGGACCCAGUCAGGCAGCCCAGAAAGAGGGAGAUUAUUAUACAAACAGAUGUAAAGACCCACUUAAGAACACCUGUGACCUGUCUACAAGGCUGGCCCAGAAAAUGAGGUGCAGAGAAUCCAGUUUCAUCCAAGUGGUGUAUCAAAAAUAGAUGCCAUCUCAAUACUGGUUUAUUUUCCACUGACCCUAUGGGUGAAGAUAUCCUUGAUUACAACACCUAAAUAUAUUCCAGCUCAGCCAAUGUUACACUACAAGGUAGAUGGACUAUAAGGUACUUGCCCAACAAACUGCUCAAGAUAUUUUAGGUUACAGUCAAGAUACAUCAGGCUGGAAGGUGGUUAAAUCUUCAAAAAAAGUAACUGUUUCUAGCAAGGCUUCUAAAAUAUUCCAUGGAAAUCUAUAUCGUGUUGAAGGAAUAAUUCCAGAAUCAACAUCAAAACUAUCUGAUUUCCUCUACAAGCCUGAAAAUAGAACUACAUGGGAUAAAUCAUUGAAAGUGUACAAUAUGAUACACAAGAUUGAUUCGGACACAUUCAUAUGUCAUACCAUUACACACAGUUUUGCCAUGGGCUCAAUAUCCCCCCGAGACUUUAUCGACAUAGUGUACCUCAAGUGCUUCGAAGGGAAUGUGUUUGUUAUCAGUUCUAAAAGUGUGGAAUUUCCAGGAUAUCCUCCAUCUUCAGAUUAUAUCCGUGGUUAUAACCAUGCUUGUGGCUUUGUCUGUUCACCUCUGCAAGAUAACCCAGCACAUUCCAAACUAGUGAUGUUUGUCCAGACAGAAAUGAGAGGAAAGUUGUCCCCAUCAAUAAUUGAAGCAACUAUGCCUUCCAACUUAAUAAACCUCAUCCUCAAUGCAAAAACUGGAAUAAAGACACACAGAGCUCCACCGGGACGUGGAUGUCGCCGUCCUUAUCAACCAUCACUCAAGAAGAAAUGA